UUGCAGGUGGUGAACUUCCUGCUUUGUAAGCAUGCUGUGGAGUCUGAGGUCGUGGAGGUGAACGCCUUGAACGACAGUGGGUUGACGCCUCUAGACGUCUCAACUCCCUCGCAAAGGGAAGCAGGAGAUAGAGAGAUCAGAGAAAUCCUCAUUCGAGCAGGAGCCAAACACGGAAGAGGAAGAUCAAACUCACCCGCAUCAAGCCCAGUCCCGGCAGACGAUAACGAUUUCGGGGGAGGUAACAGUCAUCAAGCAGCUGGGGAGGAACCAGUCAAAGAUGCUCUUCAGUCAUCACCACGUUCGCAAUUGAAGAAUUCAAAUGCGGAAAAGGAGUCGUUUGGCGACAUCCGUAAUGCCCUGUUAGUAGUCGCCGCGCUCAUUGCGAGCGCAACCUACCAAUCUGUGCUUCAGCCACCAAAGAUAAUAGAAGUCGACAACGAAAAAUUAGUUAUUUCCGGGAAAUCCAUGACUGGUGCAGGCUUGGUGUACGCUCUCUUCUUGGGCGGCAACACACUAGGAUUCAUGGUAUCGGUCCAGAUGAUCAUUUGCCUCACCAGAUUUGUCCCCAACCACGCUAGGCUGCCGCUAAAGCUGCCGCUUAGGCUAUCCCUAGUCGCCAUGAUUCUAACUUAUUUUUGCUUCACGUUAUCCCUGCUGCUCACGACAAUGGGUGAAAGGACUCCAGCCCAGAAAGCUCUACGCAUGAUGCCGCUAAUGAUAUCAUUCGUUCUUCUGCUAAUGCAGCAGUGGCUGGCAUGCGCUAUAGAUUAUUUCUUGGAACGACUUGUUGGAUUGCACUUUCUAGGUGAUAUGUACCGGCUAGAGGACAAGGACUUAGAGAAUAAGGACUUAGAGAAGAAAGGCAAACGUAAGGGUUGUAAAUGAUGAUGGUAUCUCUCUUUCCUUGAGGUUGAGCUAAGACAUGCAAGACUUUAGCAGUAUGGUAUUGCAGUUUGUUCGUCGAGGUCGGGCAUUAGAUUGAUGUCCUCAGAUUCUUUGUAGUUGAUUGUGUGAUGUUUGCAAGUUA